AUGCCUUCGACACCUCCCUACCGUCCUGCCGAGCCCCCCGAAUCUCCCACGCAUGAUUCCGACUCCGACUCCGACUUGGAUCUCGACGUCCACGAACUGGACCCCAUCUCAACCGAGAAUAUUAGGGGCUCACAUCGAGAACAGACAUCUGCCUCUGCCGAACCGAAACCGUCAAGAAUAGCCCUUCGGAACCUGCGCAUGGGAGGGUUGCGACGUGCCAGCAAGCGCGGUCGUCGCGGAUAUGGGGAACUGGGUCAGAAUCGUGACGACUUCGACGAGCAUACCCGCGGGCUGCUAGAUGACCAUGAUGGAGCUGGGGGAAACCGCGCAGACGAUGAUGCGCCGCUGCUGGGCAGCCAUCAAAGAUCGCAAAGUCGCCGGCUGUCCAUGUCCAGCAUACGACUACCCAGUUUUUUGUCCGGAAACAAGCCGCCGCCGCCACAGGGAGACGAUGAAGCUGUAGAUGGACAAGACGAGGACGACCCUUCAGCAUCCAGACACGUAGCCGUUGGAUCUACCCAGUCGACUCGAUUCCCAGCCAACAUUGUCUCCAACGCAAAAUACACAGCUCUCACCUUUCUUCCCGUAACCUUGUACAAUGAAUUCUCCUUCUUCUUCAACAUGUACUUUCUUCUAGUCGCACUUUCGCAAGCGAUUCCCGCUCUUCGAAUUGGUUAUCUAUCUACAUACAUAGCGCCUCUGGCUUUUGUUCUUUGCAUCACUAUGGGGAAGGAGGCGUACGACGACAUUGAGAGGAGGCGAAGAGACAACGAGGCCAACUCGGAGGAAUACCGAGUGCUGACAUUUGCAGACCCCGAGGCACGACCUGCGUCUGUUCGGGCCCCCCGUCGACCGCUCAAAUCGGUUUCCUUUAGCAAAAGGGGGUCACGGAGACAAAGGGAGUCACGACAUGACCUGACUGAUAUUCAAGAGGAAGAUGAUACGUACCACCCUUCAUCUUUUGUUCAGGAAGCGAAUCGCAAGUCAAAGGACCUCAAAGUUGGCGAUGUCCUCAAACUCAGCAAGGGACAGCGAGUGCCAGCUGAUGUGGUCAUACUACAGUGCUACAAUGCAGAAGGCCCUACAUCGUCCACUCCUACCAAGGAACCGGCACAAGAGGAAACGCUCCUCGCCUUUACCGAGAAUGAGUCCGAUGGCAAGGGAAAGCAACCGGAAGCGGAUGCGCAAAAGGACGAGAGUGAUGCUGGCGGAGGAUCUGGUGAGACAUUCAUCAGAACCGAUCAGCUCGAUGGUGAGACUGACUGGAAGCUGAGGCUGGCCUCGGCACUGACACAAAACAUACCCCCUGAAGAGUUUGUUCGGCUGAGAGUUACUGGUGGAAAGCCGGAUAAAAAGGUCAACGAGUUUGCCGGCACGGUGGAACUGCUCCCGACAAGACAGGAUGCCGCCAGCCAUCAGGCGAUGCUUCAGCAAGACGACAGCUCGAAUUCGGCGGGCUUGUCUAUCGACAAUACGGCUUGGGCUAAUACAAUUAUCGCGUCCCAAGGAACCACCUUGGCAGUCGUCUUGUACACUGGCCCGCAGACGAGGUCGGCUCUGUCCACCUCACCAUCGCGGUCCAAAACAGGUCUACUCGAAUACGAAAUCAACUCUCUGACCAAGAUUUUGUGCGCCCUCACGUUGGCUUUGUCAGUUGUCCUUGUUGCGCUGGAAGGGUUCGAAAAUACGACCGGCAACGUGUGGUAUAUUAAGAUCAUGCGCUUCUUGGUCCUGUUCUCAACAAUCGUACCAAUUAGUUUGCGCGUGAACCUCGACAUGGGCAAGAGCGCGUAUUCGAGAUUCAUCCAGCGCGAUCCUGGUAUCCCUGGUGCUGUGGUACGGACCAGUACUAUACCUGAGGACCUGGGGCGGAUCGAGUAUCUGCUCAGCGAUAAGACGGGAACCCUGACGCAAAACGACAUGGAGAUGAAAAAGGUCCAUGUUGGCACCGUGUCGUAUGCCAAUGAGGCCAUGGACGAAGUCAAGUCCUAUGUCCAUCAAGGAUUCCACAUUCAACCUACAACGGAUCCAGCUUCGCAAACUAUGCUGGUGACACCAUCCUCGACCUUUUCAACCACCGUCAAUGUGGGUGCCACCCGCACAAGGCGUGAGAUUGGAGCUCGUGUGCGAGAUGUUGUUCUUGCUCUGGCCUUGUGUCACAACGUCACACCCACCGUCGAUACUGAAGAGGGCAAAGAAGUGACAUCGUACCAGGCAUCGUCACCUGACGAAAUUGCGAUUGUUAAAUGGACAGAGUCCGUCGGGCUAAAGUUGGCAUACCGCGACCGAAAGAGCAUGACCCUUGAAUCAACCGAAACAGGCCGUCCCGUCGUCCGUGUCCGCAUUCUCGAAGUCUUCCCUUUUACGUCUGACGGCAAGCGCAUGGGCAUCAUAGUUCACUUUCAUGACGACAUGACUAAUACUAAUCCAAGCCUGAGCUCUGGCGAGAUCUGGUUCUACCAAAAAGGUGCAGAUACUGUCAUGGGCACAAUAGUGGCUGCCAAUGACUGGCUCGACGAGGAAACGGCAAACAUGGCUAGAGAAGGAUUGCGAACCCUGGUCGUGGGCCGUAAGAAGCUCUCGUACCAGCAAUAUCAGGAGUUCUCAUCCAAGCACCAGGAAGCGUCCAUGUCGAUUGCGAACCGAGAGAGCGGCAUCCAGCGCGUCGUGUCACACUAUCUCGAAAACGACCUCGAACUGCUCGGCGUCACUGGUGUUGAGGACAAGCUGCAAAAGGACGUCAAGCCAUCGUUGGAGCUUCUCCGUAACGCCGGCAUCAAGAUUUGGAUGCUGACAGGAGACAAGGUUGAAACCGCUCGCUGUGUGGCCGUCAGCUCCAAGCUCGUUGCUCGCGGACAGUACAUUUACACCGUUGCCAAGCUCAAGCGCAAGGACGGCGCCCAGGAACACCUCGACUUUCUACGCGGCAAAACAGAUGCAUGCCUUCUCAUUGACGGCGAGAGCCUCCAGCUCCUGCUGACUCAUUUCCGAAUCGAAUUCAUUUCUAUUGCCGUGCAGCUGCCCACCGUCGUAGCUUGUCGAUGCUCGCCUACGCAAAAGGCCGAGGUUGCCAAGCUCAUCAAGGAAUACACCAAGAAGAGGGUGUGCUGCAUCGGCGACGGAGGCAACGACGUGUCCAUGAUUCAAGCAGCUGACGUGGGUGUCGGUAUUGUCGGCAAGGAAGGUCGCCAGGCAAGUUUGGCUGCUGAUUUCUCGAUUGAGCAGUUUUAUCACUUGGUCAAACUGCUCGUGUGGCACGGGCGAAACAGCUACAAGAGGAGCGCAAAACUGGCGCAAUUCGUCAUCCAUCGUGGUCUGAUCAUUGCGGUGUGUCAGACCAUGUAUAGUAUUGCCAGGAAAUUUGAGCCCGAGGGGUUGUACAAGGAUUGGCUUCUCGUCGGCUACGCAACCAUUUACACAGCGGCGCCUGUCCUGUCCCUGGUCCUCGACAAAGAUGUCGACGAAAACCUGGCCAAUCUAUACCCCGAACUGUACAAGGAGCUCACCGAAGGUCGAUCACUCUCCUACCGCACUUUUUUCGUCUGGGUAUUUGUAUCCAUCUAUCAAGGCAGCAUGAUUCAGGGCCUAUCCCAAAUCCUUACCGAGGUGGACGGUCCAAAAAUGGUGGCCGUGAGUUACACCGUUCUGGUGCUAAACGAACUCAUCAUGGUGGCAAUUGAGAUUACGACCUGGCACCCGGUCAUGAUUUUGAGCAUCCUGGGCACAUUUUUAGUGUUUGUAGGAAGUGUACCUUUCUUGGGGGGAUACUUUGAUCUCAAGUUUGUCAUUACGUGGGGCUUCGUAUGGCGCAUUUUUGCCAUUGGAGCAGUGUCCCUGAUUCCUCCAUAUGCAGGCAAGUUGAUCAGAAGGGCAAUUAAGCCGCCGUCGUAUAGAAAAGUACAGAAUAGGUAG